AACUGAAAAUUAUACCAAAAGGGACCGACUAUAGUUGGAAUAUACAGUUCUACUCAACUGACUGCAAAUUCAAAGAUUCAAAACUAAUUUUCAAAGAUAAUAAAAACAUCAGUCAAAGAAGAAAAAGAAAACUAGAAACUUGUAAAAAGUACCUAUAUUCCAGUAGGACUUCGAAACUGGCUUGGGAAAGAAAAUGUCUGUCAAUUUUGACUCCUCGACAUCUUCAAGCGCUACUCCCGAAGAUACUCCAUCAUCAUCACCAUCACCAGGCCCUGAAACUGUGAACAAGUUCAACUGGCUGAAGCAUGCAAAGAGUGCAAGGAACAACCCGUUUGUGAAAGCUCGCCCGUCUUUGGACAGAGAGAGUUCUACUGCAGAGUUGUUUUCCAGAGAAAAUUCCAGUUCCGACUUUUUCCAGAAUUCCACGAUCAAUUUGUUUGAUACGGCUCCGAAGCCGGAAGCCACGCAGAGUUACGGCAAGGGUGUCUCGUUAAUAGGAUGGCAUCAACGCACGAAGUUAGAAAGAGUACUUCUAGUCACGACUGCUGUUCUCCUGGUAGCGACCUUACUCACCACUGCAGUGUUGCUGACAAUGCGGGGACCUUCGUACAUACCCGUGCCGCCCUGCUACCAGCCUGAACCAAGAGAAAGCGACGUCUGUCUAUCAAGUUCCUGUAUCUAUACGGCAAGCGAAGUGAUUCGAGCAUUGGAUGAAACCCAGCAUCCUUGCGAUGACUUUUAUGAAUUCGCCUGUGGAGGGUGGAUAAGGAACAACCCGAUACCUGAAGGGAAAUCCACUUGGGGCAUCUUCAGUAAGAUUGAACUGCAGAAUCAACUUAUCAUCAGAUCUGCUAUAGAGAAAGUCAACAUAACCGACCCAUCACGACCAGACGCAGAAGGCAAAGCGCGUGUUUACUAUGACGCCUGCAUAGAUACUAACGAGACAAUCGAGAAGUUGGGAGAGAAACCUCUCAUCAACAUUAUCAAGAAGUUAGGGGGAUGGCACAUACUUUCUAACACCAUGAUCAAACAGCAUAAAUGGGACCUUCAGAAGUUGCUGCAAGAUGUACAAAAUACAUACAAUUUGGGUGGACUUUUUAACUGGGCGGUUACAGAAGAUGACAGAAAUUCAUCUAAACACGUUAUUGUACUCGAUCAAGGCGGUCUAAAUCUACCAACACGUGACAACUAUUUGAACAAAACAGCACACAAGAAAGUUUUAGACGCAUACUUAGACUAUAUGACAAGAAUAUGUGUGUUACUCGGUGCUAAUAAAACUGAGGCACGCGAACAAAUGAGCAAAGUCAUCAAAUUUGAGACUGAUCUGGCAAAUAUAACUAUACCUUCAGAAGAUAGGCGGGAUGAAGAAGGGUUAUACAAUCCGUAUACAAUACAGCAGUGGCAGAAAGUUGCUCCAUUUCUCAAUUGGUCUAUGUUCUUUAAUGACGCAUUCAAGCUAGUUAAUAGAACGAUUUCCGACAAUGAAACAAUAGUAGUAUACGCUCCCGUAUAUUUCAAGAAUCUUACAAAAGUCUUGAGAAAAUACAGUAAAACGGAAGAAGAUCAGAGGACUAUCACGAGUUACAUGAUGUGGCAAGUGUCGAGAUCUCUAUCGACGUAUCUAUCCAAAUCCUUCCGCGACGCGACCAAGAUAUUAAGGAAAGCGCUGUUUGGAUCUGAAGGCACGGAAGAAUCUUGGAGAUACUGUGUUACCGAUACCAAUAAUGCUAUUGGUUUCGCGGUAGGAGCGAUGUUUGUUCGAGAAGUAUUCCACGGUGAAGCGAAGACCCAGGGCGAGAUCAUGAUCGACAACAUCCGAGCGGCCUUCAAGCGACAUCUCAAGGAAUUGGAGUGGAUGGAUGCUGAGACGAGGGAAGCGGCCGAAACUAAAGCUGAUGCUAUUACUGAUAUGAUAGGUUUUCCAGACUACAUCCUGAACAAAGAUGAAUUAGACAAGCAGUACGAAGAACUAGAAGUGAAGCCUAACGAAUACUUUGACAAUAAUAUCGCCUUCAACGUUUUCAGUCUCAAACACGAUCUAAGGAAGUUGGACCAACCUGUUAAUAAAACUAAAUGGGGCAUGACACCAUCAACAGUCAAUGCAUACUACACUCCAACAAAGAACCAGAUCGUUUUCCCUGCUGGUAUUCUGCAAUUGCCCUUUUACGACGGAGACAAUCCCAAAAGUGUGAACUAUGGAGCAAUGGGAGUCGUUAUGGGGCACGAAUUGACUCAUGCGUUCGAUGACCAAGGCCGAGAGUAUGAUAGGUUUGGCAAUCUAAACCGGUGGUGGAACAACGCAACGAUAGCGCGAUUCAAAAACCGAACUCAGUGCAUACAGAAGCAGUACUCCAAUUAUAUGAUGGAGGGACAGCAUCUGAAUGGAAAACAAACUCUUGGUGAAAAUAUAGCAGACAAUGGUGGACUCAAAGCAUCUUUCCAUGCUUACCUAGACUACAGCAAAACUGCCAAAGUAAACCUUACUCUACCUGGAUUAAAGUACAAUCAUCGGCAGCUGUUCUUCAUAUCGUUUGCUCAGGUAUGGUGUUCCGCAAUGACGAAAGAAUCAACAAAGAUGCAAAUAGAAAAAGACGACCAUACCGUCGCGAAAUUCCGCGUCAUCGGACCAAUAUCGAACCUUCGAGAAUUCUCCGAGGAAUUCAACUGCCCUGUGGGAUCCAAGAUGAAUCCGAAGCAGAAAUGUGAGGUAUGGUAGAGUUAUAAAACCACCAUGGAUAUAUGGUAUCAAUCAUGCUUCGCGGGUUAAGAUGCAGUGGGGUGUGAAAUAUUUUGUAUAUCGUGAGCAUAGGUGAAAUAAAAUGUUUAUUUUUUAAAAUAUGUAAGAUGUUAGAGUCCGAGCUUGAUUAUUAUUUUAUAAGCCUUAUAAAUCAAGACGAUUAGAUUUUUUCCGAUAGUCAAUACGAAUUAAAACAAUAAUGAAUAGUCAUAGCUCAAUAUUCUGGCAACAGGUUUCAGAAUCGGUUUCAAACGUUAUAACAUUUUGUGGUUGACAAAUAGUUACACAAAAUAUAAACGACAUUGUAAGAAUUGAUGUACUGGUAAUAAGAAUUUUAAGAUUUCAGUACUUAUACGAAAAACGUUUUAUUUUACGAUUUUAACGCAAUUAAAAAGUAAUGCAAAUGAAGAUCUUUAUUUAGUAAAUUUAAUAGAUGUGCCAAAUUUAUUUUAAUUUUAUUUAAGUAAGUAUUUAUUUCAAAUAUGUUUCGAUAAAACAAAUAAAAUAGCACCACUCGAGAGCUUAGCAGUGUUAAAACGGGUAUAUAGAUUUAGUCGUAGUUAUAAACAAGUUUUAAGUAAGAGCAGAAUAAGUACAAUAAUAUUUUCUACGACCUUGUUAAGCGCAUUAUACGCGGCCAAUCUUGCUGUACGUCUCCCCAACUUUAUGAAAAAUAACAAUGAAUAUCCUCGACAAUCGACAUAGUAUAUCGUUUAGGAAUAAAUAUUUAUUGUUAAUUACUGAUAUCCGUCGAGCCUAUUUAUAUUCGUUUUUCAUCGAGCAUCUUGGUAGGACGUACGAUGUUAGAGGUAUUCAUAAAUGGUCAAUGGAUUCAAGUAACUAGUUAACAAUUUGAAUGUGUGAAAUUUUGUUUAUGCAAAUCUGAACUUGAAUAAUUUCUGGUCCAUCCAAGGGGAUUUAAAAAGAAAAAAACCAUUUAUAAUUUUAUUUUAAGAACAGUUAAAAAAACUUGGACAUUACCUCUUCCGUGCGCCCUAACUUAUUGUUUUGUUUAAAAGGUUAGCGCACACUACGGCAGGCCGAACCGAUGUAUAAAAUAAAUUUUGCACCUGAAAGCCGGGUCAAUCUUUUAACAGGGUUUAAUGAACUGAUUUGGAUCAAAAUCCAUAGCUACUGAGCUGAGAAAUUAGUCCAAAUCAGGUAAAAAACUUAAAGAUUUAUUUUUACGUAAUAAGAAUUUUAAGUUAAGAUUUCAAUAAACAAAAUAGUGAAAAAGAGCCAGUUUAGAGAACACUAUUUUAUUUUAAUUUGGAAAACAAUGGUAUUAUAAUAAUUAUUAUAUUAAUGGAUGGCUUAUUAGUCACAAUAGGGAGGACGGUGUAUAAAAAAUGUAAUUUUACAUAAGAUUCUUGUCUUCUAGAAAAUCCUGUAAGGUAUAAUUUUUG